AUGUCAAAUGCCCUUAUGAGAGGAAUAGCUUCAGCUGGACAUAAUGUUACUAUUAUUACUCCAUAUGAAGACAAUAGACCUAUUAGAAAUGGUUCCUAUAGAACAAUAGUUUUAGAUGGUUUUGCAGACAAUUAUCAAAAUGACAUGAAAACACUAAAUCUGUUUGAACUUCAUGAUUUUAACGAUUUCACACAAGAAGCCAUAUUUCAAGACUAUAUGUACAGCAAAAGUGAACUCUUAGUGAAAAUGCCAAGCGUUCAACAAUUAAUAAAGUCUCAAGAAACUUUUGAUGCUGUGAUUAUUGAACAAUUUUCAAAUGACGGUCUGAAAGUAUUUGCUCACAUUUUCAAUGCUCAUCUCAUAGUUUUUUGUCCAAUUGGUGCAAAUAAUUUUGUGAAUAGAUUAGUUGGAAAUCCAACAAUGGUUUCGUAUAAUCCUCAGAUUGUAAGUACGUUUUCCAGACCGAUGAAAUUCAGGGAUAGAAUUCACAAUACACUUUUGUAUACUUAUGAAGAAAUUAUGAAUUAUUUUGUAUUUUUACCCAGACACGAACGUUUUAUUCGGGAACAUUUUCCUGGAGCGCCAAAUAUAUAUGAUAUAAGUACUAAUGUAUCUUUAGUAUUAUUAAAUUCUCAUGAAAGUAUUUGGCAAUCGGUACCACUAGUACCAAAUGCUGUACCUAUUGGAGGAUUUCAUAUAUCCCCUCCUAAACAAUUACCAAAAGAAAUUCAAGAAUUUUUGAAUAGCGCUAAAGAUGGAGUUAUUUUCUUUACUUUUGGUACUAAUUUGAAAUUUUCUGAUAUACCAGAGAGUAAGCAGAUAAUUUUUAUUAAUGCUUUUGGCAAACUCAAACAAAAAGUAUUAUGGAAAUUAGAUAAAGAUAUUAUUCAUGAGCUUCCAGAGAAUGUAAAAGUUGCUAAAUGGUUUCCUCAAAGCGACAUUUUAGCUCAUCCUAAUAUCAAGCUCUUUAUUUCUCAUGGAGGACUUUUGAGUAUGACAGAAACAAUUUACAACGGAGUUCCUAGUUUAGUGAUCCCUGUUUUUGCGGACCAAGCCACAAAUGCCAACCAUGCUGUCAAAGAAGGAUAUGGUCUGUCUAUAAACUACCAUGAUCCUAAUUUUACUGAAGAAUUAUUAACAGCCACAGUGCAGGAACUUCUACAAAAUCCAAAGUAA